AUGGAUAAUCUCAAGUUAUUCGCCUCCAGUCGCUCCCAUCUUGUGGAAUUGCUAAACAUCACUUGUGAUUUUAGCAAUUCUAUUGGAAUGGAGCUGGGGACGGAUAAGUGUGCGAUCCUCCAUGGCGAAAGCGGAAGGGUUGCUAACUCUGAGGGCAUGGACUUAUCUAUGCCCAUCAGCAUAAGGACCCUUUCCGAGGCUGAAACAUACCGAUACCUGGGUAUGUCACAGAACAUCGGUGUUGAUGAGGCGGGUGUGAAGCAGUCAGUUUACGAGGUGGACUCAGACCGAACUGAACGCUCUGAACAGAAUAGUCCGCACUAUAAUGACGUCCCACAGAAUGCAUCAUCCGAGAUCGUCGGUAAUGAGGCUAUACUUGCCGCGGAAGCAUGGUGGGCGUGGCUUUUUAAGCGCGCUUACCCUGCAUAA